UUGGAUGGACUUGUCCUUCAGUUCACCGGGUGGCCUGACCUGCAGCCUUAUCAAACAUGAUUCCAUCUGAACUACAGGUUUUACUUACAAAAACUAGUUCUGCCACUUCUUUUGGAUUUGACUGUUCUUUGUCGCACAAGUGAAGAAGUAAUGGAAUUCAUCUCUAUCCGGAGUCGCUCCUGGAGGAAAGGCUGAUCAACCUCACGGAUGAACCGGAGCGGGACGCCCUCAGACACCGCGGCUCAUCAUGAUGGGUGAAACAUCGCCUACAGCGAGGAAUACAAAUAACUGGAAGGCUCUUUAAGAAGGCGACAGGAGACUUACGAGAUUGGCAGAACCUAUUAAGAAGCAGUCUGUAAAAGCAUAUCCAGACACAGCUACAUCCAAGAAUGAGGAUCAAAUACACAAUAUCCAUUGUCUUUUUUGUGGCACUUGUUAUCAUUGAGAAGGAAAACAACAUUAUCUCAAGGGUGUCAGAUAAGCUCACCUUAAAGCAGACCCCCCAGACCCCACUACAGCUCAGUGGCUUUUCCCACAUACUGCUGAAGCACAAUGGUUCCUCCACCUCACUCAGCAAGAUGGACCCCGCCUUCCUGCAGAUGAAGCAGCGCCUGGAGAACUACAGUGAGCACCAGGAGGUGAUGACAAGGGCAAGGAAACACAUUCUCCUAUUAGCCACCACCAGGACGGGCUCCUCGUUUGUGGGCGAGUUUUUCAACCAGCAGGGCGAUAACAUGUUUUACUUGUUUGAGCCGCUCUGGCAUGUGGAGAAGAUGUUGACACUGGAGACCGGCGGCACCAACGCCACAGCGGCGGCCAAGGCGUACCGCGACGUGCUCAAGCAGCUCUUCCUGUGUGACUUCUCCCUGCUGGAGAGCUUUCUCGACCCCCUCCCUGUGGACCAUAUCACCACCGCCCUCUUCCGCAGGGAGUCCAGCAGCUCUUUGUGUGAGGAGUCAGUCUGCAGCCCCUUCAUCAAAGGGGUCUUUGAGCGGUAUCAUUGCAGGACCAGGCGCUGUGGGCCCCUGAACCUGACCAUGGCGUCUGAGUCCUGCCUCCAGAAGGAGCACAGGGCCAUCAAGUCAGUGAGGGUGCGCCAGCUGGAGACCCUCCGUCCCCUAGUUGAGGACCCACGUCUCGAUGUUAAGUUCAUUCAGCUGGUUCGGGAUCCUCGGGCUGUACUGGCUUCGCGCAUGGUGGCCUUUGCAGCCAAAUACAAGAACUGGAAGCAGUGGGCCAUGGGUGGGGACGUACCCAUUGAUGACGAGGAGGUGAGGAAGCUGAAAGGAAACUGCGACAACAUCAGGAUGUCUGCAGAGAUCGGCCUCAGGCAGCCGCUGUGGUUGCGCGGGCGUUACAUGCUAGUUCGGUACGAGGACAUCGCUCGGUUCCCCAUGAGGAAGGCAACGGAGAUGUACAGGUUUACCGGAAUCCCGUUCACUCCACAAGUGAAAUCCUGGAUCCUGAAGAACACCCAGGCCUCCAAGGAGACCAGUGGUGUUUACUCCACACAGAAAAACUCCUCCCAACAAGUAGAGAAAUGGAGGUUCAGUUUACCUUUCAAAAUAGCCCAGGUUGUCCAGAAAGUUUGUGGGCCAACGCUGAAGCUUUUUGGCUACAAAUUUGUAAGCAGUGAAGAAAUGUUAACAGAUAAGUCUGUUAGUUUGAUUGAGGAUAAAGUGUUCAACUUUUUAUAGACUUCAACGGACAUGAACUCUGAACCAUGAUGCAGGAAAAAACAACAUUUCUGAAAACUCUAGCUGAUAUUUGAUGACUGAUAUUUAUUAGGGUCUUUUAUCCUGAUACAGAGAGCUGUAUAUUUUAUGAUAGUGUGCUAUUUAAAGUUUUUUACUAUUUAAAAUAGUUUGAUGAAGACAAGGUAUUGUUGAGCAGAAAAUACAUUGAAAGCUUUUAACUAUUGACGUGAGGAUGUUGAAAUGUUACAUAUGGGGUAGAGCAUGGUGACAAUGGGAAGCUAGAUUAUCUUUUUGCACUCGGGAGUAUUUUCUCUGUCCAAUGUAAACUGUGUCGUUUAGCAAAUUUAGGAAAGUCCUAAGGGAGAUAGCUGUGGGUUUGUGAGCAAUAUACAGUAUUAGCUGUUACACAAAAUUCUAGGAACCUCAGUUAUUUUUGUCCAGCGACUCCUGAAUUAGCAACACGAGCUGCUUUUACACCAAAGAAACUUGAAAUGAAAUGUAAUGCAUAGCAAAAAGAAUGAAUUGCUUUGUAUAGCAAUGCUCAUGGCAGGAAGAGGAAAUACCAAUGCUUUGCCAGGUUAUUUCUACACAAGAAUUAGAUUUAAUGCUCCAUGCUAAAUUUAUUUAUUUAUUCUUGUUGCUAAAAUGCCAUUAAGACUCCAAUGUGCUCCACAGGUUAUUUUCUGCCCCUGCAGGGGAACUUUUCUUGCACACGUAUAUAGUAGUUUGCUGUACAUGCAUGUUUGUAAUUGGGCCAAAAAUAGUUUGAAGUUGUCCCUCUGGAUUGUAGGGACCCUUUCUGUAAAAACAGAUGUUUACACUGCUACUGUAUGCAAACAUUCCAACUGCAGCUGGUUUGCAGGAUUGUGCGAGGUUUGUCAGCAGGUUUCUGUCUGUUGACACAAGUCUCUUGGCUGGUGAUAAAAAGGGGCCCCCCGAUAAUCUGGUGUGCCAGACUGUUUGAUGAUGUUCCAGUCUGUUCUUUUUGCAUUUUUUGUUGUUGCAAUAAACAUUAUUUUACUCACUAAUUUUUAAGUGAGGGCGCAAUUAUAAAAUUGUGAAAUUAUCACAUCUGUGCCACUUGUCUGAAAGAGUUUUGCAUCCUGCAGUCAGAGGCACAGCUUCCUCUUUCUUUCAUCUUCUUCGUAGAGGGGAAGCAAUGCAAAAAAACAGGAAGAAAAUGUGGCAGAUCAAUAUCUGGACACAUUUCAUUUAAAAAAAACCUAAUGGUGGCACUGCAGGUCAAUUGCAGGAUCAUGAAUGUAUGUACAAGAUUUCACAACAAUAGUGAUCAUAUUUCAGUCUGGACCAAAGUGGAGGACCAAUAGACUGACAUGAUCUUAUACUGUUGUUGUCUUGUAUUGUUUUGGACUCUAAGGGCUGGGUUUUGCUAGAAAAUAACUAGUUCAUACAAUGUGUUGUCUGACCACAUCGGAAAUCAAACCCCCCUCCCAAAUUUGACAUCUUAAAACUUCUGGGGGGAGGGCGUCUCCAAAGCUAUUCCAACAUCAGACAAGCAGUUUUGAUAGAGGAUAUUGCUGCCUUGAGGUCUUCCUGUUAUUUUGUCCAUUACCAGCAAAACUGCUCAUGGCUGGUUCACAUUUAUUUGUGUGCAUAUAAGAGUUUGUUGACCUAUUUUGUGCUUUGUGCAAAGAAAGAAGAGAAUCCAUAAAAGAAACAUUCACAGUUCAUUUCACAGCUUUAGUUGUGAAACACACCCGCACUGAUUUCCAAGCCUUUUUUGUUUGACUGGUUAAUUGAAGCGUCUCUUGCUUUUUUUUAAACCAAAUUUUCCUGCACACUGACUGGUUUGUCUCUGAGGAGGAAAGAAGGAAAGAUACUGUGGAGGCAGCUGCCUUGACUUCCAGUGUGUUUACCACUGUGGGCCUUGCUAUUUAAGUCUCCUAACCUAGUAAUUACCCCAACUUUACAUAUAAUGUGGUCCGAGUCAUUUUGGUCCACCUGACCCCACCCGCUUACAGAAAUGCAGAGAGGCUUUCGUUUAUACAGUCACUCUCUUUCUGUAUUAAUUCUCUUUAUAUACUAAGCAGUGACUUUUUUGUUUAAACAUUUAUUAAUUCUCUCAUUCGUGCUCUCACACACUACUAAGCUAAACCACCUCAGUGCACUUGAAGUACUAUCAGUCAUGUCAACAGAUCAUUAUCUGGUUAGUUUGGGCUGAUUGUUCUGUUUUAGUAAAGUGUUACCAGGUCUGCCGCGUCAGACCAUAAACCUAAUGAGAAGAGGUUCAGCAUUCAUAAACUCUUAUAUUGGAGUGGCUUUAUGUGGGACGUGUGGAGGGUGGAGUCACUGUAUGGUUGGGGCAAAUAUAGAAUAACCACUUUCCACUGAAUUAAAGCCUCCCCCUCCCCACCACCCCCGGUGGUAAAAUGUGGGCAUUUAGGUAACCCCACCCUCCUUCUCUGUUAUAUGGUGCCCUGCCACAUCAACCGUGAGGGGUUUUCAAAAUAUGCAAAACAGCCCGAGCAGAGGAUCUGAAUGAACGAUACCCAUUGCUGCAAGAUCUGUGAUAAACAGACACAAAAUUGAGGUGACUCAGACGUGUCUCAGAGCUACACAUAAAACUGGUGCUGUUGUAGGCGAUAAUGAUGGUUGAGGAGGGGACAUAAAUCUAAAUACACAGUAAAUUAUCUUACACGGAGGAAUGCAAUUCAUAAAACUCAGGUUGUUGCAUGUGAUAAUGAGUGACUAUGUGGACUGGGAACAGAAUUUCAACGCACAAAACUCACUGCAUACAACUCAUGAGUGAUGAGGAGACAAAUUAAGCAGUUUUCAUCUCUUAUAUAAAACUGAUGUACAGGAAAUAUCACUAUUAUUGAGUCUUCUGUCGUCUUUGACCAUUUUCCAACCGUACAUAAAAUCUAUACGGGCAGUUUUUGAGUAUAUCAGCAGAAGAUGCAUUAAGCUCUCUGGCAAAUUUUGCAUAGGAAGCACUUCUUGGCUGAUAUCAUGCUGCUUCAAAUAAAAUUCAGCCUGUAAAAUGUUUUUUUUUUUUUUCUUUUUGUUGGCAUUUAUUGAAACUGGAUCAAGUGUCACGUGAACUGUCUCGCUGUUAUUAAAGCCAGACAUUUCUCUAAUUUUGUGCUUAAACAGGAAACGGUAACCUGGGGAUUUAUGAGUGCUGUUCUUUUUGGUUUCCUUCACACAUACAAUCAUAGACACACAUCAAGGAUCUGAUGUGGUUUGGUUUCACUGCCACGGCCCGCACUGAUGUGUUUGCUAUACACAGUUUUCUCAAUGCAGUUUAGAAAUUACAUCAAACACCAGUGUUUCUCAAAUGCAAAUGACCAGGACAGCAAAAACUUAUCUACAUGUAUGUACAUCCCUUAACAUCCUUUUAUCCUUAUCUAUGCGUCCAUUCACCUUUCAGUGGGAAGUCAUGAACUAUUUAAUCACACUGUCUCACAGAAGACGCUUGAAAUCAUAAUUGGGCAAUUUUACACCAAAGAUGUCACUGAAACACAGAGUAACAUUUUUAAAUUUCUUUGUGACAUGACACAUGACAACUUUUUUUUUUUUUUUUUUUUUUGUGAGUACUCCG